AUGGAUGACCUAAACAUAAAGAAUUCAUGCUUGAACCGUAAAGUCAAGAAUGCUCUCAAUUCUGCUCUUCAGGGCGAUUCUACACAUUAUGAGGAACUUGUUGAUUUGAUUCAUCAUAGCCAGCGAUCAAAUCCGGUUAAGGCAGCUAUGCUUGCGACAUGUUUGAAGACAAUAAGUUCCGCGGUUGCUUCUAUUGAUAUUGUUCAGCAUCGCUCUCUUCUUGAAGGUAUUUUCUCAAUGUGUCUGUGGAAGUUCAACACUUGUGUAAUGGAUGCUUUACUAGAGCUAAUCAUAUCUUUAGCCUCAUUUAGUGCAGUCCCUCUAGAUUUGUGUUUGGAGAUGAUGGUUAGUAAUUUCGUGCCGCCUGCCUAUCUCUUAGAGUAUUUGAAUCGGCCACAUUAUGUCGAAAGGAAGAAAAAAGUAUUCGAUCGUGUUCAUGCAAGUUUGGAAACCAUAUUUGAUUUAGUUCCUCUUUCCGCUUUGAGUUUGGAAAGAAUUGUUAGGGAGAGAAUGCCAUCCGUAUAUCAUAGAGAACCCAUAAUCCUAAUGUAUGUUGAGAAUAUGCUGAGGUUGGAGAGUGGUACAAUGGGAAAACUUGUUAGGAAUUCAAUGCUUAUGGCAAUAAUGGUUAGGUUGAUUGACUUGGAUGUGGAGAUACCUUGGGAUGUUAUACUACAUGAUGAUUUCGUCAAAGGCGAUUUUGGUGCUAAUUCAAUGGCUGAAAAGUUAGAUAGUUUGAUGGUUGUGACACUUGAGCAUAUUAAACUCUCAAGCGAAAGUGGUCGUUUACCUCUAGUUUUCGAGACCCUCCUCCAGUCAUUCAAGAGCACAGUUUUGACAGCUUAUAAAUCAAAGUUUGCGCAGUUUGUGAUCUUCUAUGCUUGUUCUUUAGAUCCUGAAAAUUGUGGACAACAAUUUGCAAUCACUCUCUUAGAAAUCUUUUUAGGCAACCCUUAUUUACAAUGUCGAAUGAGCGCAGUUGCCUAUCUUGCGAGUUACUUAUCUCGCGCGAUGUUUGUCUCUGAUUCAUUGGUGGUUUACAUGUUGGAAAGAUUAGUAUAUUGGUGCAUUGAGUACUGCAAAAACCGAGAUGGAGUUAGUAGUUCUAACCCAAGAGCACAUCAAAUGUUUUAUGCUGGUUGUCAGGCAUUUAUGUAUAUUCUUUGCUUCCGAUUCAGAUCUUUGAUUUUGGUUCCCCGUUUCAAAUCAAAACUAGCUUUGUUGCGGGUAGGUGAGAUUUUGAAGCAUCCAUUGAACCCAUUGAAGGUAUGCCUCCCAUCCAUUGUUGAAGAAUUUCUCCGCGUAGUUAGAUCCUCAGGCGUCUUCGCUGUGCCAGAGAACUCUCCAGCCUCCAGUGGGCUAGUAGAAUCAGAACUUUCAAGGGCAUUUGGUGGAUCAGAAAGGCUUGACAUGUUUUUCCCCUUUGAUCCGUAUUUGCUCAAGAAAUCGGGGAGUCUCAUUAGUCCGAUUUUCGUGUACUGGUCGAUGGUUGUUAGUCCUUACCAUGAGCAAGAAGAUGAUGAUGAAAAAGAUAGCAGUGAUGAAGAUGAAGCUGAUGUUUCUGUGGGUGGUGAUAGAAUGAUGAGUUUUGAUGACGAUGAUUUCGAAGUUGACGAUGAUUACUCUGACUAA